CCCUCCCCGCCCCUUUGCAGCCCCGGCCCUUUCCCCAGCACCCGGGCUGUAGCCCCUCGCGGCUGCCAGCGCCCCGGCUGCCGCAGUCUAGAGCCCCGCAGGCGCUGCGCCGGCGCUGGGCGUACGGAGUCUGACCCCGAAAACCCCGGACCUCCUAGCCCGGCAGGAAGACUAAUCGCGGGGUGAGUCACAGAAAGGAAGAAGAAAAAAGCCCUUCCGAUUAGGAGUUUUGCUUUUUAAGACUCCUUCCCUGCCCGUUACCGUGCAGCAAAAUGACAACAGUUGCAUAACUGUCGUGUCACAAGGAAACUUCAUUGUUUACCUUAUGAAAAACGGCUGGUGAGAUACAAUGUUACCACCGACUCCCCAACAUCUGCGAGAACUUGAAUUCAGUUACAUUCCCAAACAAUAUGAAGAUUUUAUAUGUUGAACCUGCCAUUUUCCUUAGCUCUUUUGCUAUGUCUUUGACCAGUCCACUGACGACACAGUACCUGUAUAAGAGAAUAUGGGAAGAAACAAGCAACUACAGCUUUGCACUUGAUAACAAUAUUUCUGAGUGUGAUAAAAACAAAAGCAGCCCAAUUUUUGCAGUCCAGAAGGAAGUUCAGCAAAAAGUGUCUUUAUUUAGCCUGCAGAUGGAGAUGAGUGGGUUAAUUCCUGGCCUGAUGUCUACAUUCAUUCUUCUGUCUAGUAGUGAUCGCCAUGGGCGAAAAUUCCCUAUGAUUUUAUCUUCUGUGGGUGCUCUUGCAACCAGCAUCUGGAUCUAUUUGCUUUCCUAUUUUGCCUUUCCAUUCCAGCUUUUGAUUGCAUCUACCUUCAUUGGUGCAUUCUGUGGCAAUUACACAACAUUUUAUGGAGCUUGCUUUGCCUAUAUAGUUGAUCAGUGUAAAGAAUCCAAACAAAAAACAAUUCGAAUAGCUAUAAUUGAUUUUAUGCUUGGACUUGUUACUGGACUAACAGGACUGUCAUCUGGCUAUUUUAUUAGAGAACUAGGUUUUGUAUGGUCAUUUUUAAUUAUUGCUAUAGUUCUUACUGUUAACUUGACCUACAUUUUAUUUUUCCUUUAUGAUCCAAUGAAAGAAUCUUUACCUCAGAAUGUUACCAUAUCAUGUAGUGAAGGCUUUAAAGACCUAUUUUACCGAACUUACAUGCUUUUUAAAAAUGCCUCUGGUAAACGACAGCUCUUGCUCUGUUUGUUACUUUUUACAAUGGUCACUUAUUUUUUCCUGGUAAUUGGAAUUUCCCCAGUUUUUAUCCUUUAUGAAUUGGGUGCCCCACUCUGCUGGAAUGAAAUUUUUAUAGGUUAUGGAUCAGCUUUGAGUAGUACCUCUUUUUUGAGUAGCUUCCUAGGAAUAUGGCUUUUUUCUUAUUGCAUGGAAGAUAUUCAUAUCGCCUUCAUUGGAAUUUUUACCACCACAGCAGGAAUGGCUAUAGCUGCUUUUACUAGAACCACACUGAUGAUGUUUUUAGUCCGGGCGGCAUUCCUUUUCGCUAUUAUGCCACUCUCUGCCCUGCGAUCCAUGUUGUCAAAAGUGGUCCGUCCUACUGAACAAGGUACCCUGUUUGCUUGUAUUGCAUUCCUAGAAACACUUGGUGGAGUCACUGCAACAUCUGCUUUUAAUGGAAUUUAUUCAGCCACCGUUGCUUGGUUCCCUGGCUUCACUUUCCUGCUGUCUGCUGGCCUAUUAUUCAUUCCAAUGAUCAGUCUAUGGGCUGUCAAGUGCAUAAACUGGAGGGAGGAGAGCGAACUUCUCACACAGGAAGAGCCCAGUGAUGACACUUCAGACAGAUGACUGUGUACAGGAACACACCCCUCGUAUACUGAGACUCUGAGCACGAUCGGUGCUUCAGGAACAGUCAAUAUUACAUAUCCUUCCUUUCUCAUAAACAGAACAGUCAGAGAAACAGCACCUGGCUUCUGCUUUGAGCCCUUUGUGCUUAUCAUGCACUAUAUUUCCAAUACAGCGAAGGACAAUCUUCAGGGCACUUUUGGACUUAGAAAAGAAACUGAAACUAAAGAGUGGAAGGAGGGAUUAAGAACCUCUGACACAGUGAAAAGCAAUAAUUCCACUGCCAUACUCCAGUCUGUCAUGCUGAAACCAAGGAGACGUUUUUACCUGUUUCUUCACCUGCAAAAUGGGUUUCUGACUCUCUCAGGGAUUUUGAAGGUACAAUGAAAAAUUAUAUCGAAUAACUCACCGAUAUGAAAAUAAUGGUGUAAGUUUCAAGUAUUUAUCAUUUUGUCUAUCCCUGAAUAAUGUUUUGUUUCAUGGAGCCCAUCAAGGUAGUCAAAGCUUUUAAAAGUACAAAAAGAGAAGCACUUUAAAGCAUAAUCAUAUUUUUAUAUGUCACACAGGGGUCACUGGGGAGAUAAAUAAGAUUAUAAAUAAAAAUGUUCUGAAGAAAUUUAAAAUCUGAGCAAACAGCUCAUUGUGGUCAAAAAACCCUAAUAUUACAGAGUCAAUAUUCAUUCCUUACGUCAGUAGAAAGACAUUCACAUUCCCUAAAUCCCGGCUGAGAAUUCUACCUCGAAUCUUUCCUACCCAUUUCUUGCUAAUCCUCCCCACUGUACUGAAAAGGGCAUUCUGAAACAGAUUUUGCAUCUUAUAAGUUACAAUUCUUCAGUGCUGGCACUCACAGGAAAAUC